AUGGAGUACCAAGAUGUUGUGAUCAGUGAAUCAGGGGAGGAGGAAAUCACUGAAACCUGUGAAGAAGUUGUGCAGCAGAUCAUCCAAGAAAACAAGGAGGAAGACGAACCAGCAGUUCAUGGAGACAAGAACAAAAUCUCAGAAGAAGAAAGGAAAUGGCAAGAGGAAAGAGUGAGGGACAUGGAGUACCUUUGGGGUGAAGGCUCACUUGAAUAUUCCUUGAAUCUUAUUGAGCAUCGCCUCGAGGAAAGGAGAAGCUUGCGAAGAAUGGGACAAAGAUGGAACUCAUCUGUUUGCAUCUUUCGGCUCCCUGACACCUACUUAGAUAUCAACUGCAAGGCCCAGAAACCUGAGAUUGUAUCGAUAGGCCCUUAUCACCGGGGCAAAGAGAACUUGCUCGAGUUUGAAGAGCACAAGUGGUUGUUCCUUGAGCGGCUUCUUUCCCGUCCAGGAGUUUUUAGAAUGGAUUUAAACCAGUAUCUCAGGAAGAUGAGGCAGAUGGAAAAGCGCGCAAGAGACUGUUACUCAGAGUCUGUCCCCAUGUCUACUCAUGACUUCGUUGAAAUGAUGUUGCUUGAUUCUUGCUUUGUCAUUGAGCUCUUUCGCUACAUUGACCGCAGUCGAACUGAUAUGUUCAGCACUGGUAAUCCUAUCUAUGGAAGGCCAUGGCUGAUCCCAGUUCUCAUCAGGGAUCUCUUUAAGCUCGAGAACCAGCUUCCCCUUUUCGUUCUAGAAUCGUUCUUUAUAGCGUCCAAGAGUCCUGAAGAAUACAGAAGCCCCCGCUCUUUCUGCAAGCUUGUCUUAGAAGUUUUUGCUCUAGUCUCGCCCGGUCUAGUGUCACCAAUGUUGUCAGACACAAUAACCUUUCACCAAGAUUUGAAAGCCAAGCAUUUACUCGACUUCCUUCACUCGAGUCUUCUUCCUCAAAACCAAGUCACAAUUCGCAAAAGACAAGACGAAUAUCAUCGAUCAGGUCAGCCCGGUCAGUCAAUACAAAGUGUAACACAACUCCGGCCAUCAGGAAUCAAGUUCAAGUCAAGGAAAUCUGAGAGCUUGUUAGACAUAAAGUACCAGAAGGGGGUGCUAGAAAUCCCCACCAUAACCAUUAAUGACGUAACUGCCUCUGUCCUCAUAAACUGUGUUGCCUGGGAAGAAUGUCUGGAAGAUGACCUCAAAUACUUUUCCCACUAUGUCUCUUUCAUGAAUUGUCUCAUCAGCCAGCCCAGAGAUGUUGCAUUUCUCUGCUCAGACGGAAUUAUCUCAAGAUUUUCCAACGAUGAUCAAUAUGUGGCUAACUUGUUUAAUAAUCUAGCGAAAUCUAAGGUGUUCAACAAUAGAGAUUGCUAUCUCUGGAAGGAAUUCAAAGAGAUACAGGCAUAUUAUUGCAGCAACUGGGCAACAAUGAGAAGAACUUAUUUCAGCAGUCCAUGGUCAUUCAUCUUGGUCUUCUCUGCCUUCUUCCUCAUUGCUCUGACCAUGAUACAGACUGCCAUGUCUGUUUUGAGUUACCAGCGCCAAUUCGGUUAG